AUGCCAAACAUAAGGCUACAGAGCUCAGAUGGAGAAAUAUUCGAAGUAGAUGUUGAAAUUGCUAAAGCAUCAGUCACAAUCAAAACUAUGCUUGAAGGUAAGUGCGUUAACCCUUUAACCCCUAAGAGUGAUUAGUAACUAUAUUCUCCUGUCAGUGUCACCCUUAAAACAAACAUUGAGGUCAUGAGAAUAAAGGAAAUGAUCACCAACUAAAGAAGCUCUUUAUUGUUAAACAAAUUCUCUUUGCCAAUACCAUAAGAAAUGUAUAGAGAACAGUAUGGAGAAAACUGAUUAAUUGAUACUGAUGUUAGAGUGUAAGAUUACAAGUGCAGAUCACAGAUAACUCAAUUUACCCAGUGCUUUCCCAUUAUAGAAAGACAAAUGUACAAAUGGUCUUGAUGGUUGGGUCUUAUAAUAAAGCUCUAAGUCUACGGUAUUGUUCAAAAGUAACGCAAGCAAAAUGCGCGAAUUUCGUUUUUUGUUCUCGCGAACUUAGAAAUUUCGUGCGAAAGUUCGAAUGACAAUUCGAGGCUUUUUGUGCGAAUUUUCCGUCGAACAAAAAGCGCUAUUUCGUCGAAUUUUCGCUUCGAAACGAAAGUUCAGCGAAAGUUCGCGAUAAAAAGCGUAGGUUUACUGCCUACUGCUCGCAAUUUUGCGCUAGAUAGACACAAUUUUUUGCCGUGCGAUCUAUCGUUCAUAUAACGUUCACGAAAUAGACGACAGGAGCCAGUAAGACGCAGGUUUGGUCAAGCGAGUGAUGCCUGAAAGGCUCACUUGUAAUCCUUCGCUUUUAAAGGUUUUAAAUAUUCCAGCCGGAUGGAAGCCCUAGUUAUACAGGAGCUCGAUUCGAGUUCUAGUAUAGUUUGAUAUUUUUGGCAUAAUGACGACCAGAAUGUUACGAGAUCGAUAAAUGAAUGAGAGAAUUGUCUACGAAGCAUUGGUAUUCCAUGCGUCGUCAUGGUUGUGAAUAGUUUACGUCACGCUUUCUCGCGCGGAGUCUCGCCUACAAAUCGGGAAUUUCAUAUGUUGUUAUAUGAGGAAGUUAAUCAUAACAAAUGGCGCCUAGUUCAAGUUCCACUUGCCUGAAGAGAUUACGUGGGCGUUUGUACUGAGACUCGAACACCUGGCUGUUCGUAUCACAUCAACAAUCAAACAUUCACUGAGGUUUCAACAGGAAACAGCGAUUGAAUAGUUGCUUGAAUGGAUGAGAAUGAUUUCGAAUAUUUCUGCAAUGCAUUACAACAAUACGUGGACUACACUUUGCUGCAAUAAGUAGAGCGAAUUUUCUCUCGAAAUUUCGCACCGAACUUUCGAGAAGAAUGAACUUUCCCUCUUGAGUUCGCAACUCACUAGCGUCCACAGCGAAAUAUCGUUCGUAAUUUCGGCGUACUAAAACAAUAGGUGCCUCGAAAGUUCGCGGAAAUUUCGUUCGCAGCGAAAUUUCCUCGAAAAGCCAGGAAAUUAGUCGGAGUUCGUUUGCGUUACUUUUGCACAAUACUGUACUUACCAAUCUUAAACUUAGUAUUAUUAACGGUACUUUUUAGCAUUCUAAGCAACAUACAGCAGUAUACCACCUUUUCCGUAUAUCCAGGCAGUUUGGAAAGCAGUAAGGCACUUUUUAUCCCCAUGACAAAUGCUUUUCAUUCAAUUAACUUAUUCAUGUUUUUUCGCGUUUUCAUGUUCCCGCUUGUGGCGUAGCUCAAUCUCUCUGUAUAAAAACCACACACAACCCACAAUUCCUCUAUUAGCUGUGAUGAGGGGCUAAUGCUUAUAACAUGAGCUUUACAGACUCUUUUCUGUGGCCAAUUUACACUAUAGAAUAGAGGAAAUGAUCAUCAACUUGAGCAGUUCUUGAUUGUUAAACAAAUUCUCCUUGUUAGCACCUUGGGAAAUGUAUAGAGAGCAGUAUAGAGAAUAUGCAUAGUGAUGUCAGGGUGUAAAGGGUUAACAUGAUAUUUACUUCCAUUACAGAUCUUGGCAUGGAUGAGGAUGAUGAUGAACCUGUCCCGCUUCCCAAUGUCAAUGCGGCAAUUCUUAAGAAGGUAAUGCUGACUGUUUAGCAGAGUCCUGGGUGUUUGCAUACCUCUAACUAUUUGAGGUUGUGGUCUGUACUUUAAGCAAUGGACCAAGUUUUUCAGCAGAUUUAUGGAAUGGGUGGGCCAUAAGUCAAAAGUACUGACCAAGAAAAUGUGGUUAGGAAGAUAUUUACUAUAUACUGGGUUCAAAAAGAGAGGGAAGAUUUCAGUUCAAACAAACUUUCAGAUUUAGAUUUCACCAACAGUAAAAAAUGGCUUGGUAAUUUGACCAACAAUAUGCCACAAACAAGUCUUAUGUGGCUAUGUUGUAGGUUAAAAUGGUACUUAGUUUGAAAUUAUAUCAAACUUGGUUGGUUUUUAUUUUCCACAUUAUGUAAUUAUCAUAUGAUAAUCAAAAAAAAAGAAAACAUAUUGUACAUCAAACCAGUCUAAAAUCACUUUGACGCAAAUUUUUCUUUAACCCUUUAACUUUUGGCAGUGAUUAACAUGAAACUUCUUCCUAUAAUUCCAAACAUUAUUCAGCAAACAGAUAAUGAGAAUACUCAGACUUAGCAGGUAGAAGGUAUUGUCUUGAUCUAACACAGAAUUCCUGUAACUAAUUUCCAAGGAAAUGUGUAGCAGCCUGAUAGGAGAAUUUAUAAUCUGAUCUUUUGCUUUUAUGAAGGUUAUUCAAUGGGCUACUCAUCACAAGGAUGACCCACCCCCACCAGAUGAUGAUGAAAACAAAGAAAAAAGAACAGAUGACAUUGAUCCUUGGGAUCAAGAGUUUCUCAAAGUGGACCAAGGAACACUUUUUGAGCUCAUUCUUGUAAGUUUGAUUCCUAAAUGAAGCACGACUUUCUUAUAGAUGAAUGGGUGGAAGAUGGAGCAACUUAAUCCUUUAAUUCUUUACACCCAAACAUCAGUUUGCAUAUUCUCCAUACUGUUCUCUAUACAUUUCCCAUGUUACUUACAAGGAGAAUUUGUUGAACAAUCAAAAGCGUCUUUACUUGAUGAUCAUUUUCUUUAUUCUUGUGACCUGAAUAUGUGAUUCAGAGGUGAUCUUGUGAGGAGAAGUUAGAUGCUUGUCACUCUUAGGGGUUAAAGAGCUAAACCCUACGAGUGCCUGGUGUCUCAUUUCUCCUUUCUGUGUCUCCCUUGAAUCAAAUAUAAAGUUCAUGAAAAUAAAGGAAAUGAUCAUCAAUUUAAGAAGCUCCUGAUUGUCAAACAAAUUCUCCUUCUCAGUGCCAUAGGAAAUGCAAAUAGGACAGUAUAGAGAAUAUGAAUCAUCAAGAAAUAGAAAUAUAGAGCAGAGGUAUGUAUAACUUUUCCCAUAAGCAGUUGCCAAUGGUGUAAUGAGCAGCGCUGACGUUAGGCCAAAACCAAAUAUGGGAGGUUUUUCGCUGGCAUAAGAUGAUGUUAGACCCUGGUUACUGGCUUUAAAUGAAAUCCCUUGAUGAAUAGUGGUGAGAAACGGAGUGAUAUAAUUCGCAAGUGAAGAGAGAAUAGAAAGGCAAUCAAAAUAUAGGCUUAGAAUUUUAGAUCGUUGACCUUCUCUGAUACUGAAAACGCUGGUAAUUGUGGUUAGCGUGUUAGAGGACACUUUGGACAUUUUACAUGGCAACUCCAAAAGCUAAGAAGAAGUUUUUUUUAUUAUUAUUGACGACUGCCUUCUCUUUUGAUUCAGUAUUCCAGGUUUGAUCUGUUCUGUGAUUCCAAGAAACCUAUUGUUUUGAAUCACCAUUAUUGUGCUACAUGAUAGUGCAUUCUGUUUGUGUCAUUCAAAUAAAUUGAGCAGGGAUCAUCAGUUUCUUUCUCUUUAAGCAUAGCUUACUAAAUCGUAAGUAACAACAGUACUUACCACAGUAGUGUGUGGUUUGUUAGUUGCUCACAUUUCCUGAUCUCUACUCUGAUUGGUCAUUAAUGCAAUGAACAUUCCAAAAACAUAUGGGUAAAAGUAAAGAAUCCAAUCUCACCAAUGCGUCGGCCAAUGCAUUGGCCAACACACUGUCAACACGUUGCCUGACACACUACCAAUGUAUCAGCUGACACACUACCAACGCGUCAGCCGACACACUACUAACACAUCAGCCGAAACACUCCUAAUGCAUUGGUCGACGUGUUGGUAGGACCGGAUUCUUUACCUUCUCCAACAUAUGGGGUGUGUAUUGUGUUCUAAGUUAGACUCUGAUGAAUUAAGUGUGUGUUUCUCAUUGCAGGCUGCAAACUACCUUGAUAUCAAAGGUCUUCUAGAUGUCACAUGUAAAACUGUAGCAAACAUGAUCAAAGGUACAGUAUACCAGAACUUUUUUCUGUGUUCUAGCCUUGUUUCCAAAAUAGGGGGCAUCUACAAAAUUUCCUUUUAAAAUGUAAAAUGCUCAAUACUGUUUGGCCAAAGUCUCAUGCAAAGUACUGUAAAGUGCCAUUGGCAGAUGGGGUUUACAGUCAAGUCGCCCGAAACCUGAGUCAUGUUGCCCGAAAUUUUAGUUAUGAAAAAAAAGUCAAGUCGCCCGAAGAAAUAAAUACUAAAAAGAUCUGAGUUUCAGACUGUUAAUAGGCAAUAACGUUGAGAAAUUUUUAUCACUGAAGCGCUCUUUGUUUCCGAUAACACCAUGAAGAUUCUUAAAGCGUUGUUCGUUUCUAAAAGCAAAGGGAAGCGUUCUCCGUUUCUAACAAAAAAAUGAAGCGUUGUUCGUUUGGUAUGUACUCGUUUCUUACUCACGGACAUUUCGUAAGCUUGAGAAACUUUUUCUUGGUUUCUAACAAAACCAUGAAGACUGACUACACAGAAAUCGAUCAUAUGGUCAGAAAGGCCAUAUGAUCGACCGUAAUCGUCGCACUGUAGGGCUUGUUGGCAUGGGCUAACUUCAUUAUCACACUCAAUGCAAGGGUGAAUGCUCAUUUUGAUCAGUUCGUAUUGUAGCUAGCUUUACCCUCUUUAUAUAUACUUUGAUCGGAUCAAAAUAAACAUGCGACAGCCAGAGCACAACUACAUAAUUUAUGCUUAUUCUGAUCCUAGGGGAAAUGAUGCUAUCAGACUACUAUUGUGAAAAAAGUCACAAGCAUAAACAAUAGACUGUUAUCUUAAAAAUAUCUCACUUACCUUACGCAAGGCAACAAGUUAAUUUUUAAUGUUACCAAGUUCACAAAAAACACAACAUAACUUUAUUUGUAUGUUACUCGCUUUACCUUUUACCGACUUGUCGAACGCGAUAAUCGACAUUCGCUCACCAGGUGUUUUCAUCUGUUAUUGUUAAGAAAGUCACAAACAGACACAACAGAACUUUACUUGUAUGUUACGCUGUAUCAGUGCAUUUGUUGUUAUAGAAACGAACAACGCUUCCCUCUGUUGCUAUAAACAAACAACGCUUUUAGAGUCGUUACUCAAACAUAUUUCAAUUCCAAGCAUACAAUCGAUUUCUGUGUAGUCUAAGUCUUCAUGGCAUUUUUAGAAACAAGAAAGAGUUUCUCAAGCCUACGAAAUGUCCGUUAGUAAGAAACGAACAACGCCUCAUGCUUUUGUUAGAAACGGAGAACGCUUCCCUUUGUUGCUUGAAACGAACAACACUUUUAGAAUCGUUACUCAAACAUAUUUCAAUUCCAAGCAUACGAUCGAUUUCUGUGUCGUCAAAGUCUUUAUGGCUUUGUUAGAAAAAAAGAAAAAGUUUCUCAAGCUUACGAAACGUCCGUGAGUAAGAAACGAGUACAUAUCAAACGAACAACGCUGCAUUUUGUUGUUGGAAACGAACAACGUUUCCCUUUGUUGUAAGGAACGAUCAACGCUUUAAGAAUCUUCAUGGUGUUGUCGGAAACAAAGAGCGCUUUAGGGAUAAAAAAUUUCUCAACGUUAUUGCCUAUUUACAGUUUGAAAUUCUGAUCUUUUUAGUAUUUGUUUCUUCAGGCGACUUGACUUUUUUUUUCGGGCGACAUUACUAAAAUUUCGGGCAACAUGACUCAUGUUUCGGGCGACAUGACUUCGGGCAAGAUGACUCUCGGGCGACUUGACCGGUUACCGCAGAUGGAUAUGGUGCUAUAGUAAUCCUUCAUUAUGCAUGAUAUUUCUUUUCUACCAGGCAAAACGCCAGAGGAGAUCAGAAAGACAUUCAACAUUAAGAACGACUUCACACCAGAAGAGGAAGAACAGGUUUGAUUUUAUAUCUCUCUCUGUAGUAAAAUUGUAAACAAACAAAUAUUCAAACAAAGAUAGAGAAAGAGAAGAAUGAUAAGGAACAAUUCAGUCAUAGAUUAAUAUUGCUCUUCUUUGCUUCAGGCUAGUUUAAAAUCAUUUUGUCCUAAAUUUUAAUUUGAAAAUGGAACAUAACUAUUUGCAUAGCAUUACCAUUGCAUUAAAUGUUUGCCCUGUUUUUUCCCCCUUAUGGUUUUUUUUGGGUGGAGGGCAAGUGUUGAAGGAUUUAUCCAUAACUUUUCAAUAUCUUGAUCUUGUUUGAAACACAGCAAACAAAAAUCAGCUUUCAGGCUGUUAAAAUUACAAGAUCUUUUGAGAACUCCAGGAACCACAAAGAAAUAUAGUUAAACUUGAAUCGCUCUGAUGAAGGGCUAAUGCUCGAAACGUCAGCUUUUUUACCCUUUACAGUGGCUAAUUUACUUUUUCAACUCAGUUGUUAAUGCUAAGUUACCAGCUAUACUCUCCCACCAACACAGCACCACAGCUUCUUUAGAAACUUACCCCUUCAAACAUUUCUUGUCUGUACUUCUUGUGACAGGUUCGCAAAGAAAACGAGUGGUGUGAAGAAAAGUAAAGUUGACUCUAAAUGUACACAGUAUUUACAUGAAAACACUUCAAAGCCUUAAAACUUCAAGAACUUUGCAAUGAUAGCACUUUUUUUAUGACCCUAUGGAUUUUGUAAUUUGUGAAUGUGGUACACUUUGUGUAGCCAAUUCUAUUCUUUAAUUUAAUUCAGUUGAAGUUAAGCAGUGAUCAACCUGCCUUUAAUUUAAUCUUUUUUUUUGAGAGUAGAAGCCAGCAAGUGUAUAUUUGUAGCAGAACUAGUUUGUGAAAGGGAGGUCAUAAAUUACUGCAUUUUAUUUGACUUGUCAUUUAUAAUAAAGGAGUGUGAUUCUGUUUUUUUUGCUGUAAUUAUUUACUACUACCUCAUCUCAAAUUUGUUUUGUUUACCCUUGAUUAAAAUGCAACUUCUCCCUUUAAUAUCCAUACAUUAUCCAGCAAACAGGUAGAGAGAAUACUCAAACUUAUUAGGUAGAAGUGGUUAUCUUGAUCUAACACUAAAUUCUUGUAACUAUAGUGCAAGGAAAUGUAUAGUGGAAGGGAGAAUUAAUAAUCAAGUCCAGAAAUUUUUGAUGGG